AUGACGAGUAGCUCAUCCAAGCACCACCGCGAAGAAGCGCAGCCGGGAGAGAGAUAUUGCUCGAUUGCACUGAGGAGCUAUGGCGCAAGGAUCGUUCUCAGCUUCACUUGUGAUCUGGGAUGGUCGCACGGUUGUCUGACAGAUUUCAAUCUUUUUUUGCGCUGUCGUUUUGAUUCCGUUUGUAGAAACGUAACCCUAAACCCUCUCUCUGUACCGCUUCUUUCAACUGGGUCGCUUCCGUGUCCAGAACGUCGUCGUCACCAUCAUAUAGGAUUUGACAGUCUCAAAUCUAAGAACUGCUGCAACUGCAACGACCCUGCUCCUUUGGCCAGAGCAAAUGAUGAUAGACAGGAAAAUGGUGCAGAUUGUAAACAGGAUGUAAAUUAUGCUAAUGUAGCGAAUUGUUCUCAAUCUACAAAAGUUGCGAAGAGGGCCUGGGAAGCCUCUUUAUCCUCAUUGAAGUCACAGAGGGUGAAGGGAAGCCAGUUAGUUGACCGUCGAUCAGAUUCUAGCUGGGGUCUUAUCCAAGAGGCUGAUGAUAGGGUCAAUCCUUGUUUUGUGGAAGCCCCUCAUGGUGAUUGUUUGAUUACAAAAAAGUCUGAAAAAUGUAUUGCAGACCUUUUGCAUUUAGAAGCUCCUGCCAACUCAGAACUGCCAUCAACUAAACAAUGCUUUAGAAUCAUGUUGAUGAAUGUCACUGAUGAUGCUAAGAAAACACAGCUUGCAAAGGCGAUUGAAGACCUUGGUGGAACUAUUGCCUCUGAUGGAAGCACGACAAUGCAUGUUGUCACAGGAAAAAUGUGAAAAACUCUGAAUUUCUGUACCGCUCUCUGUUCGGAGUAGGUUCAAACCUCUAAUUUUAAACACUAAAUCUUGGUUUAUAUUUGAAAUCAAGUUUUAAUUGUCUAAAAAUUUGCAGUUAAUUGUAAUCUUGGUAUCUCUUGGUUUUUAAACAAAUAUUUGGAAGUGCAUUUCCCUAA